AUGGAAAAGUACGACGUGGCAGUUGUGGGACUUGGUGUUCUCGGAAGUGCAGCAGCAUACCAUGCUGCUCAAAAGGGCAAGAAAGUCAUUGCAUUUGAGCAAUUCGAGUUGGGUCACGUCCAUGGCGCCUCUCACGACACGUCACGCAUUGUCAGAACAACGAACUCCUCACCUGAAUAUGUGGCUUUGGCCCAAGCUGCCUAUAAAGACUGGGCGGCUCUCGAAAAGGCCACAGACCAAAAGCUAUUGACAAUUACUGGCGGUGUUUUCUUCCUCCCUAAAGAUGCCCCGACUCCAAUCGGAGACUUCACAAGCAGUUUGGAUGCCCGGAACGUUCCGUAUGAGGUUCUGAGCGCCAAGGAAGUGAACAAGCGAUGGCCCCAGUUCGAUAUUCCAGAUGAUGUCGACACGGUAUACACAGCCGAUACUGGCAUUGCCCAUGCCGCAAAGACUGUAUUGGCUAUGCAAAGCCUCGCACGUACCCACGGUGCGGUGCUGAAGGAGCAUACGCGAGUGGACCGCAUCAUUCCCAAGGCCUCCGGCUCCGGAGUUGUGAUCCAGACAUCCAAGGGACAAGUACAUGCAGCUAAAGUGAUUCUUGCAGCCGAUGCAUGGACAAAUAAGCUCCUCGCUCCUCUCGGUGUACAUAUCCCAUUGUCAGUGAUGCAAGAACAAGUCACAUACUUCAAACCGACGGAAAGGGAGGCUUGGGAAUCAAGCCGUUUUCCAGUCUGGAUCUGGGGCGGCGAUCCCUGCUUCUAUGGCUUUCCAUCUUUCGGCGAACCAACCAUCAAGGCAGCUCGCGAUACCUCCAAUAAUUUCAUGACACCCGAGCAGCGUACCUAUGUGCACUCCCCCCAGUUGCUUAAACAGCUCAACUCGUUCAUGGGCAAGGUCAUGCCUGACGAGGGCCGCCAACCACUUCGGACAGUCACUUGUCAGUACACUAUCACACCAGACCGACAAUUUGUCAUCAGUCCCCUUGAAAAGCAUCGUGAUAUUAUUGUUGGCCUUGGCGCUGCUCAUGCUUUCAAAUUUGCUCCAGCUUUUGGUCGUGUUUUGGCAGAGUUGGCAGUCGAUGGGAAGAGUACAGAGGAUCUUUCCAAGUUUGGCAUUCCGCACACUUCGACUUAUACUAGCAAGCUUUAG